AUGAAGGCGCAUCCAUCAGUGCAGACGAAAGGCGCUGAGGCAGACUGGACGCCCAUACAAUGCACAGACAGGGAGUGUAGCCACUCCUUGAUGAAGGCUCCGCAUCUGCACUGUCCAUUCUGCUCCCAGGACAGUCUCUUCACUGAGGAGAUUCUCCUCAAGGCGCACUACGUACAGGGUCAAUCCCCCAGUCACAGCAGCCAUCGGAGACAGACACAUCAUCCCCGGGGCUAUGAGCAGACUGAUGGGCAGCAGCCGCAGAUCGAGUACCAGUAUGCCUGCAUCAAUGAUCCGAGUCAGAGCACUGCCAAUGGGGAAGAUGAAGGAAGCAAAGAGGAUUUGGAGGACGAGACUUGCUACACAGAGCACAACUUGUCGCUGCUGCUGCAGGAGAAGGAAAGUCUGGAGAAGACUCUUGAGGAGGAGCGGACCACGUGGGCCCAGACAGAGCACAGAAUGAAAGGUACUAUAGAAAGGCUUUGUACAAAGGUUGAGUAUUUGUCCAACACAAACAUGUCACUCAAGCAGCAGCUGUCCAUGAUUCACACGUCCAGUUUGAAACAUCUAACCAACGACAGCGAGAACCAGUCCAUUUUGCAAGAGUUACUGCAACACAUGUCUGAGGAGCACACCCAGCUGCUGCACCACCAUCUAGCACAGCUACGGCUGUACGCUCAGGCCUGCGCAUUAUCCAAAUCAGCCCCCGAGGAAUCUGCAGCUGAAUCUACAGUCUUGGUACCAGACCUGGCUGACCAAUCACAGGACAUCUCACACAUGGCCAUGAUGUCGUCCUCGGAGGGCACCCUUGGGAACAUGGAGUAGACAGUCGUCAUGACGAUAACGUCUGAGGAGGAUUCGGAGCCGUCGGCAACAUCGUGGAUAACCCCGGAGAUACUGUGGGACAUGACUCCUUGACUUUGGAUAAGGACGUUCACUUGUCACCAAAUGACAUUCUGUACCAACUGACAAGCGAGGGACUGUCAUCAAGACAUGCCACCUCUGAGUCGGGUCACGUUUAUCAAUCAGGUAGAACUCAUUCACAUCACAACACAGGCUGUGAUGUCACGCAACAGGAUUUUCACAAGAACAAAAGUUGAAAAUUGGUUCUUUCCAACAGCAUGCCAAAAAUAUUCUGCCCCGAUGGCUUUGACAAAAGAACGUUUGAUGACAACAUGUCAAAUGAGGGACCACCAUUAAAAUGUGGGAGAACUAACAGCCUGAAAGCCACUUAACUAAAUAAAACCGGACAUAUUUUGUAAACAGUGUACACUCAGUGUUGUCUUAGGGCUUAGU